ACAGUGCUGUGCAGAGCCAGUGGAGACGGAGGGUGAGUCCCUGCUCCAGGUCUUCGAUUGUAGACUCAACACUGAGCCGGGGUUUGACGUCAGCGCGGUGCACGUUAGUUCUCGUCCCUGCUGGUCGGGGUACGAGUAGGGAGCUGGUCUCACCUAGAUGUGUCUGGGACACUCCAGUCCAUUUAUUUCAUCAAUUACGCAUAGAUACAGAUGAGCACGAUGGAAGGAUUCAGGGUCGAUGGCGCGCAGGAGAUGAGGUCUUCAGCCCCGGCCGAGAGAUACGUGAAGGAGUUCACGCGCCACUCCAACGACGUGCUGCUGAACCUGAACGAGCUCCGUCACCGCGACAUCCUGACUGACACCACCCUGGUGGUCGGCAACGCACACCUACGAGCGCACUGUGCUGUGCUCGUGGCCUGCAGCGGGUUCUUCUACUCGCUGUACUCCCGACGUGUUUUGCUUCAGGGCCGUGGUGGCGGCGGGGAGCAGCUCAUGACCGUGUCCCUCCCAAACACCUUGGACCCGUCCAGCGUCUCCCUGCUGCUGGACUUCAUGUACACCUCGCGCCUCCCUCUGACACCGGGCACCGUCCCCGGGGUGCUCACUGUGGCAAGCUACCUGCAGAUGGACCACGUGGCCGAUACCUGCCGGGAUUUCAUGCAGCUGCACUGCAUGGAGAAAAUGAGUGCGAGGCAUCCUCAACUGGAGCUGGAUUCCAGGGUGUCCGUAGCCUCUGUAGCCCCCAGAGAAGGGGACCUGCCCAAUCCAGGACCUCAGAGAUUACUCCCAGCAGCUGUGGCAACAAGGGUCCCUGCGGAUGUCGGGGGCUCUCUCAAGCCGGGGGCUUUCCCGACCAGCCAGCCCGGGUCAAAGCAGCUGAAAGAGCCCGAGUUGCCCCUCAUCGGCACCGCGACUCCAUCUCCAGACAGCCCCGCCCGCUCCAGCUGCCAGCCAAACUCUCCAGCAGAAUCCAACACCUGCAACAAAAACCUUGUGAGUGAUAUCAAAGCCACGCCGGACCCAAAGGCAUGCAACUGGAAGAAAUACAAGUACAUCGUCCUCAACCCUCUCUGUGCAGCCACCGCGGUGAAGGAAGAGGAGAUGGAGGAGGCCCAAAGUCACACAUCACCCGUCGCCAACAGGAAGGAAUCGACACCCAAAGCAACAGAGGCGUGGUCUGGAGAAGUGCCUGGUCAGAUUGAUAGACAGGGGCAGGCCUCCUGCUACGAGGGUUCUGGCCGAGCCCCUCCCCUCGGGCCACCCCCCUCUGUGGAUCACCCAACAGUGCCUCACACUCACAAGCAGGGAACAGUCUCCGCCUGCAGCAUUCACCCAAACCUGCACCCCACUGAUCCAGAAGCUGCCCAACAUGCAAUCAAGCACGAGAACUGCUGCGUGCCCUACUGUUACUCUGGCAACCUUCAAGGAACCAAGACGGUCUGCUCAGGUGACAAGCCGUACCGCUGCAAUGUGUGCGGCGCCCAGUUCAACCGACCGGCCAACCUGAAGACUCACUCUCGCAUCCACUCAGGAGAGAAGCCAUACCGCUGUGACACCUGUGGAGCUCGAUUUGUUCAGGUCGCCCAUCUGCGCGCCCACGUUCUGAUCCAUACGGGGGAGAAACCUUACCCCUGCCACACCUGUGGCACCCGCUUCCGCCACCUGCAGACCCUGAAGAGCCACCUGCGCAUUCACACUGGCGAGAAGCCGUACAGCUGUGAGAAGUGUGACCUGCACUUCCGCCACAAGAGUCAGCUGCGUCUUCACCUGCGGCAGAAACACGGGGCCGUCACCAACACCAAGAUCCGCUACAAGGUCCUGACCGAGCCCUACCAGACUAUUCUGCAGGCCUGCUGAAGGCGUCUGACCUUUGACCCAUUUAUCAGGAUAAUAUCUGAAUCACACUGUCAGAAAAUGGGAUAUUUGGUGGAUUAUUUUUAAAUUAAGAGAACGUAUUUUUCUUCUUUUUUUUUUUAUAUGAGGUGGAAAUUUAUAACUUUUAACAGAGUGGUUAGAUGACCAUUUUGGACACGACAUAAAAAGUUAGAAUGGAUUCGAUUAGGAGAGAGAGACAUGUGCAUGUUGUUGGAUGAGCUAAUCAUGAAUCAAUAAGGUUCCUUAGAAAUCCUGGGGGGGCUUUUCUGAGAUGGAGAUGUUGUGGAAAAAAAGUGAUUUUGAAGGUUUGAGAAGGGAUGGAAAGAAGGGAACAAGAUAUGGAAAGAGAGGUCAAAUAGAAGUAUGAGUAGGUGAAUAGUUUGAACGAAAGAGAACGUUUUAUGAAGGAGAUGUUGGGGAAUGUGGGAGUUUUAUUAAAGUAGAUUAAAUUGCAAAUCACAUUUGUUUUAAGGCUGGAAAUAUUCUUCAUAAAUGUAUAUUUCACUUUUUUCUUCACCUUGAGGCCUGGAGCCUGCAUGUUCUUAAAAGAAAAACAAGCAAAGUAUGCAGUAACGUCUGCUUUUAUAGUCCAUGCAGGCAAAGGACUUAGUCGCACUGAUUGUAGUCAGUAUAGAAGUUAAAUGAAAUAUUGUUUUCUGCCAUGAAAAAAUGUAAAUUAAGAUGACUGGAAGCAAUUGGAUAAGUAAUAAUAAUAUUACAGUUGUAUGUGUAUGAGUUCAUUUGCUGGACAAAGAUGGUUUUGUACAAUCUAAAUUAAAUCAUUUUAUAU